CUCCUCGCCCUCCAGCUUUCGGGUGUCCGGCGUCGAGUCCGCCUUGCCGUUUGCCUCUGCCGCCGCCUCCAUGCUGCCCGCCGCGCUCCUCCGCCGCUCCGGCCUCGGCCGCCUCGUGCGCCAGGCUCGAGCCUACGCCGAGGCCGCCGCCGCCCCGGCCUCCGCCGCGGCUCCCGGACAGAUGUCCUUCACCUUCGCCUCCCCCACGCAGGUGUAUUUCAACGGCGCCAACGUGCGACAGGUGGACGUGCCUACGCAGACGGGCGCCUUCGGCAUCCUGGCCUCCCACGUCCCUACCCUGCAGGUCCUGCGGCCCGGGCUGGUCGUGGUCCACGCCGAGGAUGGGACUGCCACCAAGUACUUCGUGAGCAGCGGCACCAUUACAGUCAACGCUGACUCCUCCGUGCAGCUGCUUGCCGAAGAGGCUGUGACGCUGGACAUGCUGGACCUGGGGACCGCCAAGGCGAACCUGGAGAAGGCGCACGCUGAGCUGUCCGGGGCCACGGACGAGGCUGCCAAGGCUGAGGUCCAGAUCCGUAUCGAAGCAAAUGAGGCCUUGGUGAAAGCGCUAGAGUAGGGAACCCGCCGCCGACGAGAGAUGCUCAGACCAGCUUCGAUGGACAGACACCCCAACCCUGGCGUGCACCCCGAUUAAAGACCAGGAAGCCCCA